GGGGAAAGCAAGGCUGCGAUCCGUGUGUGUUAUGUGUAUGUGUGGAAGCGAAGAGGAGGAGGAGAAGGGGGCGCCCGUCCGCCUCUCUCUCCGGCUGCCCCAGCUUUAGAGGAGUCGCAGCGAGCCGGCGCUGCCAUCCGGGGGGAGCCGGGGGGUGGGGAGGGGGAGGAAAAAAAAGACACGAUGAGCCGCCGAAGUCGGCGCUAACUGGAGGCCCAGCGCAGGGAAGGACUUUUACUUUCGGAGCGGAUGGAACGUUGAGGAGCCUUUGAUCGGGCGCCGGAUCGAACGUUGGGGAGCCUUUGAUCGGGCGUCGGGGCCGCUUUGAUUCCCUUGCCGCCUCUCGCUACACUGUAGCCAUUUCCGUUCGCUACGUUGGAAAGCCGCCGCCGCCGCCUCAGCCGCCGCCGGGAGAACAAUAGGAAAGGCAGGAAGGGGGAACCGGGGCGCUUCGGGCUCCCCCCCGCCGGCUGCGCCCCGGAUUUUCCAGGCGCUUGUUUCAGAUUCGUUGGAUGUGCGCCCCCCAUCCGCAACGCUGAGCAGGACAGAGUGUGCUAAAUCUGUGGGAAUAUGAACCAGCAACAGAGAAUGGCUGCUUCAGGAACGGACAAAGAACUUAGUGACCUCCUGGACUUCAGCAUGAUGUUUCCUUUGCCUGUGGCUAACGGCAAAAACAGACCCACGACGCUUGCAAGUACACAGUUCGGAGGAUCAGGUUUAGAAGAGAGGCCGGCCUCGGGUUCCUGGGGGACAGGAGAUCAAAACAGCUCCACGUUUGACCAAGUCCGGCAGGGCUAUGGAGAAGGCUCGCAUUAUGGAGAACACAGGGACCUCCCAUCUCAUAACAACAUAUCUUCAUCACCAUUCCUGGGAUCUGGAAUCGUAGGGAAAGGUACUGAAAGAAGCUCCUACACGUUUGGGAGAGACUCGGGCAUGCCGACCCUCAAUCAGGCUGGCUUUCUUCCUAGCGAAAUAGGGAUUUCAAGUCCUAGCACGCUCUCCCCGACGGGGGUGAAGGGCAGCUCUCAGUACUACCCGUUUCCCAACAACCCUCGCAGGAGAGGAGCAGACAGCAGUAUAGAUGGCCAGCCUAAAAAGGUCCGAAAGGUGCCCCCAGGUCUCCCCUCCUCGGUGUAUCCUCCCAGCUCAGGCGACGAUUACAGCCGGGAUCCAGCUGGCUAUGCUCCAUCCAAACCCCCCAGCACGGUUUACCCUGGAGCCUUCUAUAUGCCAGAUGGACUGCACAAUUCGACCGAUCUGUGGAGUUCCUCGGGCACCAUGGGGCAGUCCAAUUACGGAUCCAUUUUGGGUGCCUCCUCUUCCCCCCUCCCACAGUCUGGCAACUUCAGUGGUCUUCACCAGCAUGAACGGAUGAAUUAUCAGAUGCAUUCAGGAGAAGUGAAUGGAGGGCUCCCAUCUGUCUCUGGAUUUUCCUCAGCCUCUACCCAGUAUGGAGUGUCAAGCCACACACCUCCAAUCAGCGGGACAGAAAGUGUGAUGGGUAAUAGAGGAACCACCGCUGGUAGUUCAGGGGAUGCUCUCGGAAAAGCAUUGGCUUCGAUUUAUUCCCCAGAUCACUCUAGCAAUAAUUUCUCUUCAAAUCCAUCCACACCGGUGGGUUCGCCUCAGGGAAUAACAGGUUCUUCACAGUGGCCCCGAUCAGGUGGACAGGGUGCCUUAUCCCCGAGUUACGAAGGGACCCUUCAUACUUUGCAAAACAAAAUGGAAGACCACUUGGAUGAAGCGAUCCACGUCUUGAGGAGCCAUGCGGUGGGCCAGAGCAACCAUGGGGACAUACACGGCUUGCUAGCUUCGGCAUCCGGGCACAGCACCUCAGUGGGCAGCCUCAACCAGGCUUUUCCCCCAGCCUCAGUCUUGCCGAUAGCCAAUCGACACUCGAACUUGGUGGGAGGAAGCCACCCUGAGGACAGCAUCUCCAGUAAUCCCAGUCUACUCCACAACCAUGUUGCUCUUCCGGCCCAGGCCAACUCGCUCCCUGACCUCAGCAGAGGACAGCCCGACGCUUUCAGUGGCUUGACGGGAGGCCUGGGACGGGCCAGCGUCUCAUCAGGAACAAGUGAGAUCAAGCGGGAGGAUAAGGAGGAUGACGAGAACACGUCUGUGGCUGACAACUCGGAGGAAGAGAAGAAGGAGCUAAAGCCAUCCCGGAAUAGAACAAGGUGCUCACUGAACAGUCAAGAUGAGGAUGAGGAAGACGACCUUCUUCCCCCAGAGCAAAAAGCCGAGCGAGAGAAAGAGAGGCGGGUCGCCAAUAAUGCCCGCGAACGCCUGCGGGUCCGUGACAUCAACGAGGCCUUUAAAGAGCUUGGGCGUAUGUGCCAGCUUCACCUUAACAGCGAAAAACCUCAGACCAAACUGCUAAUUCUCCACCAGGCUGUGUCGGUUAUUCUGAACCUGGAACAACAAGUUAGAGAACGCAAUCUGAACCCCAAGGCAGCCUGUCUGAAACGUCGCGAAGAAGAGAAGGUGUCUGGUGUAGUAGGUGACCCCCAGAUGGCGCUCUCAGCAUCCCAUCCAGGUCUAGGAGAUGGGCACAACCCUGUGGGACAUAUGUAAAGAUGAUUUCUUUUCUUCUUCUGGGAGCAGACGUCUGUAGGAAGAAGGGAAGGCCAUGUCCCGUCCCCACCCCAUGGUCCACACCAGAAACUGUAGCCCUGUUAAUACUGACGUAUGGCAAUGGAUCUUCAGCACGUUUGAAGGAACUUUUUUUUAAAGAAGAAAGGAUGGAAGACAAGAAAAGAAGCAACUUUAUCAAAAACCAACAGCAAAGAUUGCCUUAAAGUGUAUAUUCUGGAACUGUCAAUGCAAAUCUUGAAUUACCGAGGGGGCAUCGGGGAGGGGGGGAAACGUUAUAUACAAAAUGGCUUGUUCACAAAAGGCCAGCAGAAGAAUUGUGCCUAAGCGUAAUAUUUUUUUUAAAAGAACAUUAGUUAACAAUAAUUUUUUUUUAAAAAAAAAAUGUAGAACAAACAUUAGCAAUGCCUUUUUUGGUUUUUUAAAAAAAAUUUAGCUUCUUUUGCAUAUAUGUUUUGUAAGCAACGACAAAAAAAAUUGUGUACAAAAAAGAUUUUUUGUUUCCCCGUCCUUUUGGUUUUUUUUUUUCUGCUGCUGUUUCUAUAGUUAAUGUUGCAUAUUAUUUUUUUUCAAAGAAGAUCAACCAGAAAUAUUAAAAAUUGUAUUAAGAGACUGGAUGCUUAAAAGAGAGAAAAAGUGAUCACGUUUGGCUCCGUGAAAGCCGCUAAUGCAAAUUUAGCUAGGCGGACUAAUAAAUACUUCCAUUUGGCUCAUAACUUCCUUGAUGGUAAAAGAAAUUCAGAAUGUGUUGAUAGCAACAUCCUUUUUUUCGCUUGGGGAGAGGAGACCAAGCACUGUGUGACAGCUGAAGAAUCUGUGGUCCAUCAUCCUGAGGAUUUGUCCUGGAGGGACUCCUGAAAGUCUUACAUUUUUUUCUCCACCCCCAAGAUUUUUGUGAACUUUUCCCUAGGAAGCCAAAGGGGACUGCAAGGAAAAAAAUAUUGGGUCAGUUCCUUUAAAGCUGAGGCGCGGUGUUGUUGCAGUGACCUCAAAAUCAACACAUCAGGAUGUUGGGGGCAAAACCACGCAGUAGCAUGCACGGAAUAGGGGUAUGCAAAAGAAGCCUUUUAAAAAGGUAUUCUAAAGAUGGGAAACUGCUCAUUUUAAAGCACUGGAGCCAACUGGCAGGGAACAAAAAAGAGGAAAGCUACAGCUAGAACAAAGAUCUUUGUGGAAUGAAAUGAAAAAGAACAAAAAGCUUCAUCCAGCAAACAAGGGAGAAGCAGGAGCUGAGCAGGAAACUUCAGAAGAUAGAUGUUUGGAAGGAGAAGAAGUUUCCAGCAUGAAGAGCAGCAUUCAGCCACCCUCCGGGCUCAGCUGGAAGCCUCAACUGGAACACACAUCCCCCAAAGACUGAAUCCGUGUCCGUGCAUCACUAUUCAAAGAUUGUUUAGAAAAUGCUCUUCCUCUGCCCUUUGGGACCCAUUGGAAACUCAGAAAUGUCACUACAGGCUGGCUAAACAUCUCUCCCCCAUCAGACCGCCUCACAGCUAUCCUCAGGUGCUGUUCAAAGAGACCUUCCCUCAACCCUCUUUGUGGACAGAAAGUAGUAUAAUUGUUGUAUCCCUCUGCUUCCAGAUCAGUCACACUACUAUAGUUUGGUGGGAGGGGGGGUAUCUAUAAUUCACUUAAUGUGGAUGCUUCAACCUACACAGGUCUCUCCUCCGUACAGCUACUGUAUAAUUUUGCAAGAAUGGGUCCAGGUGUGCAGGCUGAAUGGUGGGAGCCAUAAUCUCAAAAUGUGAGGUUUCAGAUCAUAGAAUUUUGCUUUGGAGUUUGUAAAGAGGAUGGUAUCCUACAGAAUAUUUAGGGGAUCGCUACUGGAUCCUCAUCGCAGCUAACCUUCCUUCUGACAUCAAAAGAGAAGCUUAAUGGGAAGGACUUCACAUUUUGCUGCAUCUUGGCCUUUUAACUCCAUGGGCCAAAUAUUACCUGGGAAGAGAAGGCUGUUGUCUUUUGAUAGGCCAGCUAUCUUCUGGCCAAGAAUGCACUUGUAGAUGGCCUAGCUGGGCCGUUGGCUGCCUCCCCUCCAUCCCUGAUCUAACUCUGUCCUGAUCCCCUGAGCACUAACAUUCCAACACAGGGAGUUUGUUCCACUUCUGGCAUGCAGGUGCCUAACAGGAAAAAGUUUGCUGAGGAAUAGGAAGAGGGCGAACACAAGUGCCCAUAUGGGUCAGCCGGCCCUUGGACUCACUGGAUUUCCCAAACUAGCUUGCAGAGCAAAAGGAGACAUUGGGACAGGGUUGACAGAAUUUCUGGAAUGGGCAUUCCUAAUUCCACGAGAAAAGCUCCGUGGAGAAUUCUCCAGGCCCCCAACCCCCCUCCAGACAGCAUGACAAAUUCUUAGUGCAAGGUCUCUCGAAAUCACUUUCCAGUCCACCAACUAAAAAAAAAAAGCUUCUUUUGUUUUGUUUUUUAAAUGGUUUAUUCUGUUUUAGUUGUGUGGCAAUAUUUCUGUUCUGUAGAGCAGAAGUGGGCAGCUCAACUUUCUAAGGGCAUGUCUACACUAGAAAUUUUAAACCCAUUUCAACCCAUAGUUUCUCAAUUAACGGCCUCUUUUAAAUGAACCCUGCAGUUUCGUGAGGGGCCUUCCCAUCUCAAAGUCACCCCUCACCUUAGAACUAUAAUCUCCAGAUUUCCUGUUUGGCAGCCACCCGUGAUAGCUGAAAGUGGUUUGAAACCAACCGAAGUUUGUAAUGUAGAUACAUCCCAAAGAGUUUUGGGAUAUUUAUUUUUGCUUGGGUAGAGGGUUAAGAGUUUUAAGAGACAAAAAAGGGAUAUCCAUCAAAAAAUGUCUUAGGAGGAACAGCAUUGUGGGAAAAUGAACUUUUGUUUUUUAAAAAAGUGGGGUUCAAGCAAUACAGAGAACAAAAUGUAACUUGAUUCCCAUUAAACUAUAUUUUUUUAGGAGUGGGGGUGUUGCAUAUUUUUUAGCCCUUUUGGAUGUUUUGAGGGUUUUUUUGUUAAUGGGGCUUUUUAUAUAAAAAAAUAAAAAAUAAUCUUUGCUUUUGGGGGGGUGGCCCCAAUCCAGCUAAAGUGAGCCAUGACAAAGUCUCGUUAAAACAAUUGAGUUGCAAUUUACAUGUAAAUCCUGUCGUUUCAAUGGGACUUCAGACAUACCUAACUGCAGGUUGGAUUGUGGCCCUUGGUGUUUUGCUGCCUACAUGUUAAGUCCAGCUGUACGUAACUGGCUGAGAUCCUUGUUAUUAAAAAUCCAGAUACACAUUAUAGUUUUGAAAAAUAUAUAUAUAGUAUAAAUAUAUAUAUAUGUAUGCCUAUCCCCUAAUAAAAAAAGCAGAAAAGGUUUUGGGGGAAGGGAGGAGGGGGACAGGAUAGAGAAAUACAUUUUUGGACUGAAUCACAAUUUCCGGGAAGGGAGGGGGAGCACGGGGUUAAAAUUGUGUUUCCGAGUGCCUCAAGAUAUGGAUUGUGUUCAUUUUUUUAAAAAAAAUAAUAAUUUUAUACAAGUGUCAAGAAAAAAAAACAGCUGGCUGGAUUAUUUGGAAUUUUUAAAUAAUCCUUAACUUUUUUAAAAGUAGAAUUUUGAGAACUGUCCUGUAUAUAACAGUAAUGUAGCAAUAAAUGUGACAUUUUAUAACAAUAUUACUUUUUCCUUUCCCCCCUCCCUGUAUCUGUCUUUCAGAUGUUGUAUACCUAUCAAUGGAAAAAAAGUUGUAAUAAAGGGUUUACCUUGUACUAAACUUGCA